AUGCCUUUUCGAUGGAUUGUCGCGGCUUACGCGAACGACCCGGAUUACGCGGACAUUAUCGCCUAUCUGCGCGCUCCCAGUGAGGCUGCACUGGGAGCUCUUUCGCGAACGAAGCGUGAUCGCAUUCAACGAUACAGUAUUGACGGUGAUUUGCUGUUAUAUAGCAUCGAAAAAUUCGAUGCACCUCGAACGGUGAUUGCGAAUGACUUGGAUUUGCGUGCUCGUAUCAUCCACGAGUACCAUGAUGCCCCAAUUGGCGGUCAUCUGGGCCGCGAAAAGACAUUCGCGGCUGUCUCGCAAGACUUCUUAUGGCCCCACGUGUACAAAUGGGUUCGCAACUGGGUUCGCACCUGCGAAAUAUGUCAGCGCGUGAAGCCAUCUCCAUCGUCGCAGGCACCCCUGCGACCCCUGCCAAUUGCAGCUGAGGCUUGGAGCUCAGUCUCAAUGGAUUUUAUCUUCGGGCUUGCACCAGAUGGCCAAGUCCGAGCGGGUAUUCUGGUCUUUGUGGACAGAUUCAGCAAAAUGACACAUCUGGUGCCUGUUCAUGCAACUUUCACCGCGGUUGAGACCGCGGUGCACUUCAUUGACACUGUUUUUCGCCAUCACGGUCUACCAAACAACAUUGUCUCGGACUGUGAUCCUCGUUUCACGUCUGCUUUUUGGACGUUAUCGCUCGAGUUCCUUGGCAAAAAGCUACAAAUGUCGACAGCAGCCCAUCCGGAAACGGAUUCGGCCCGUCAUCCUCGUGUACCUACUCUUCUUGCCGUGGGUCAGCCCACGGCUCUUCGUGGCUCCACUCUAUCGGGGGGUGAUAACGAUAAACAACGAUCGAGUGAAGCUCACGGUAUCCUGAGCGCGAAUGUUGUCAACUAUUCUAAGGCGAAGUCUUCUGUUUCGACGCCACGUGACGUGGCGUCCCCGCUCGCUCAAUGGACUGCACAGACGCUGAUCGAUCCUUCUUCGCGCAUGCGAAACCCUAAAGCUAACCACGCGCCGAUUGAAUCGGCGCGACCAAUUGAUGACAUGGCUGUGUCAGAGUUUAUACUCCAACGUCAAGCCAUCACGAGGUUUGAUUCAGCAGUAACCAAUCUCAAUGCGAGCAAACUCGCGCCACGUUUCAUCGGACCGUUCACGGUACUCAAGGCGAUCGGCGACGCAUACAAGCUGGACCUCCCUUCGUCACAGCGACUUCACCCGACGUUUAACGUCGGGCGGCUCAAGGAGUAUCGUCCAGCUAUGCUUCACGGGUUGGCUCCGCCCUCGGAGUCAAAGGCUUAUAGGUGGACCUUCACUCUCGCCUUGCUCGACGCGCCGGUGACAUCGGACGCGGCUGCGUCCCAGUCCGCGCGUGCCUAA